AUGCCCCCUGUCAAAAUUCCAGCAUCAGAGCAUUACGAUCUGCUUGUGAUUGGUGGUGGAUCUGGUGGUAUGGGCGCAAGUCGCCGCGCUGCUAGUUACGGCAAGAAGGUAGCCGUUAUCGAGCAGGCUGGAAAACUUGGUGGUACAUGUGUUAAUGUGGGCUGUGUGCCCAAGAAGCUCAUGUGGCACGCUGCUGACCUGCAAGACAAGCUCAAGGAAGCUCAGGAGUAUGGCUUUAUGGAUGCAUCUGGGUCGUUCGCUGUGCCAACAGUAAACUGGAACAUGCUCGUUGAAAAGCGUGAUGCUUAUAUUCGCAGGUUAAACGGCAUCUAUGAUAACAAUCUGAAGAAAGACAACGUUGAGUACAUUUCUGGACAUGGUCGCUUGCUUGGCAAUGGCCGUGUUAAGGUGUCACCAGGUGUGGAUGGCGUUCUCGAGAAGGAGGUGGUUCUUUCAGCUGAUCACAUUGUCGUUGCAUCUGGUGGACGGCCCAGCGUGCCUAGUGAUGACGAAGUUCCAGGCGCAAGCCUUGGCACCGACUCGGAUGGCUUUUUCGCUUGGCGUGAGCAGCCGAAACGUGUGGCCAUAGUUGGUGCAGGGUAUAUCGCCGUUGAGCUGGCUGGUGUAUUGAAUGCGCUCAACUCAGAGACGCACCUCAUCAUUCGCCACGAUCAGUUCUUGCGUAACUUUGAUCCUAUUAUCUCGGAAACACUCACUCAGUACAUGGGCAGCACGGGCCUGCAGGUCCACAAGAGCUCGAAUGUGAAGCGUGUGGAGGGUGAACGUGGUGGAUCGCUCAAAGUUCAUCUUGAUACAGGCAAUACGAUUGAGGUCGAUGCGCUAGUUUGGGCAAUUGGUCGACAACCGAACACAGAUGAUCUUGGGCUUGACGAAGCAGGUGUCAAGACGGACAAGAGCAACAAUAUUGAGGUCGAUAAAUACCAAAACACGUCUGCGAAGGGUGUGUACGCUGUAGGCGAUAUCCAAGGCAAGGCACUCCUUACCCCUGUGGCUAUUGCUGCUGGGCGACGUCUCUCAAACCGUCUGUUCGGGGGCCCCAAGUUCAAAGACGACCAUCUGGACUACGAGAACAUCCCUACAGCUAUCUUUAGUCACCCAGCAACUGGCACGGUUGGCAUGUCAGAACCGGAAGCGCGUGAAAAGUUCCAGGGCCAAAAGAUCACUAUUUAUCGCUCUCGCUUCACGCCCAUGUACUACGGGCUGCUGUCGAAGAAGGCUCCUGCCGCUUACAAGAUUGUUUGUGUCGGUGAGGAAGAGCGCGUCGUUGGCGUACACAUGGUCGGCAUGGGCUCCGAUGAGUCCAUUCAAACCGUUGGGAUUGCGGUCAAGAUGGGCGCCAAGAAGAGGGACUUCGACAACACGGUUGCCGUGCAUCCCACUAGCGCGGAGGAACUCGUUACCACGUAUGUUCCAGUGCAAGACUAA